UUAGCUUCGCCAACAAAGAACUGCGCCCUUUAACUUGCCAUUUGUUUACUGUAUAUCAUGAAGAAUUAUGGUUUACCAAUCUUCAAUUGUUGGUUUCUACUGUUUCUUCUAUAUUGGCAGCCAAUGUCCAUUACUGCUCAAACUGGUGAAGAGCCUAAGUUUAACUAUAUUGAAGGGAGUCCAAAAGGACCCGAAAACUGGGGAGAACUUAAGUCAGAAUGGAAACUGUGUAAGACUGGGCGACAUCAAUCUCCAAUUGAUAUAUUGAAUAAGGAUGUGCAAGUUAACAUAAAUCCAGGAGAUCUGAGGUUGAAUUAUAAGGCAUCUAAUGCAAUAAUAAAGAAUACAGGCCCUUACGUUGAGGUUGAAUGGCUUGGUGAUGCUGGAUCAAUUCAAAUCAAUGGCAAGCAAUACUCCCUCCGACAAUGCCAUUGGCACUCACCCGCAGAGCAUCUCAUCAAUGGCAAAAGGUAUGACUUGGAGCUGCAUGUGGUUCACGAAAACACAUCAAAUCAAGUUUCUGUUGUACGUGCCCAGUUUUACCAAAUUGGUGUGCCUGAUUCAUUCUUGUCAAAGUUCACAGAGGAGCUAAAAACUUUGGUUAAUAAUAGGGGAAAGAGACCCAUAGGGGUAAUAGAUCCUAGAGAGACAAACACAGAUACAUUCAAGUAUUACAGAUAUAAUGGAUCACUCACAGCACCUCCUUGUAAUGAAAGUGUUACUUGGAUCGUCAAUGCAAAGAUAAAUACUGUCUCAAGCAAACAAGUACAGUUACUUCGGGGAGCUAAUUUCGAUUACCGUGGAAUGGAUAAUGCAAGGCCUGUGCAGGCUCUCAAUGACCGAAAAAUCUUCCUAUAUGGGGCAAGACCAUGAUGAAGGUCAUUCUACGCACUGUAAAAUAAAGUACUUCUUCCUCUAUGGAAAGAAAAGGGUUAUUCUACUAUAAUAAAGCAAUUCUUCCUCUAUGGCAAGAAAAGAGUUAUUCUGCUGUAAAAAAGUAAUUCUUCCUCCAUGAUGAAGAAAAAAGUUAUUCUACUUUAAUAAAUUGAUAAUUAAUUUUA